UAUGUUUUUGUCUUGCAUUUAUUUAUAAAGAAAAGAAGGAAAAUAAGUUUACUCCUUCCCUAACGCCCGCGCGACUUCAGUCUUCUUCUUUCUUCUUGAACGCACACCAGUCGCCCCCUCACUUGGCAAUCCCUCAUCUCUUAGUUUCACGUCCGGUCGCCGCUAUCAACGUCUAGGAUCUCCGUCGCCUUUCACAGUCGAUUGGAGCCAGCCGCCGACCACAGGUUCUACCGUGCCACUCCUCUCUGUUUCAUGCCAAGCCAGUCGUCCGCCGCCCGGCUUUCAGUGCGUCGUUUUCUACGUUCGGCUUCAUAUCAGCACGCCGUCCGACCCCCAUCGUAUUUGGUCCUUUCAAGUGAAUUGCAGUUGUGAAGGUUUCAUGGUAAGUUACUGCAACAUCAACGGCUAUGUUCACUAACGACCAGAGGCAAGCUGAGCGAACUGGAAAGUAUGGAACUCCAAGGCUCCAGUACCUCCAGGAAUUAGUGAAUGAAUUUCAGAGCUCAACUAGUCAAGAAACAAAAGAAAGACUUGUUGCAAAUUUGGCAAACUUUUCUUAUGAUCCUUACAAUUAUUCCUUCUUACGCCAGCUAAAUGUUCUGGAGCUUUUUUUGGACUGCAUGACAGAGCCAAAUGAGAAGCUUGUUGAAUUUGGUAUUGGAGGGAUCUGCAAUUCUUGUGUUGACCCUGCUAAUGCUUCUAUUAUAACUCAAUGUGGUGGAAUUCCCCUCAUCAUAGAAUGCUUGUCAAGUCCUGUAAAAAACACCGUGAAUUAUGCACUUGGCGCCAUAUAUUACCUUUGCAAUGCAUCAAACAAAGAAGAGAUUAUGAAACCAGAAGUUGUAGAUGUCAUCAACAGAUACGCAGUGGCUGAGAGUGUGAGCUUUAGUAAUCUGGCUAAAGCAAUUCUGGACAAGCACCUAUCUAACAGAAAUUGAAACUCAACAUCCUCGAUGGCUAAUUGGCUGAAAUCGCAUUGCUGGAAAAGGGAUGCGAUGUGAAUGAAGUGGUCUUAUGUGAGACCCUAAUCCGCAUAAAGGGAGCCCUAUUGAAGAGAAGCCUUGUUGAAAAGUCAUUUUGGCUAAGUAUAAAUAAGGGACAUUCUGCAAGGAAAAAUGCAAUUGAAGAAAGGCAACGUGAGAAGAAAAUACUUGAAAUUAAGUGCUGAAUGUGUUAAAGCAAGGCAGCUCGAUAGGAUUAAUUGGCGAAGAAGAAGAUUGCGGUUGAUGCGAAGAACUAGACGUUUGGGUAGUAAUACGAGGAGAAGUAUCUACGCCUAAAUGUCGUUGCGAUGAGAUAGACGUUCGUAUGAGGUGACUGAACGACCCUCUGAGGGAAAGUAAAUGUUUUAUUGUUUUCCGAGAAGAGAGUCAGGCGAUAAAUAAUUGAGCAUUCUAAGGAGAUAAGGUUAGCGUUUCAAAGAAAAUGUCUAAUAAUGAGUGACAGCUGGCAAUGUGUUGAACUUAGAAUGGUUGUAUGGCAUAAUGAGUGGUAGCUUGACACGUGUAAAGCGUGGAGAUGACCCACCGAUGUGAAAGGUCACUAUAAAUAGGACCAACAAGGCUGAAAGAAAGGAGGAGGAGAUGCUAAACAUUCUGAUACUUUGUUAAGAGAAAGUAUCGAGUGUUGAAUGGCCGGUUGAGGGAAACCACUAGGUGAAAACUUGAAAAAGCCGAGAGAAAAAAGGGGAAAGAGUUGAGGCUAAGCAUUUCUGUGAGUGAUCUUUGUAAUUAAAUGAAUAUUUGCAAAUGAUUCUUGUAGAUGGAAGAAUGUUUUAUAUGUAUUGAAAGUAUUUAUUGUAAUCUUACGCUCGAUGCUUAU